AUGCUGCUCCUCGUACUACUAACAAGCUUCAUUCGACAGAGCUGGAAUGUUGGUGUCGCUUUCUUGUGUUUCUGGCUCUUUUGGGAGAACCUUGCUCUAGGUAUAAACGCUACUGUAUGGUCCGACACUGGAGACAUCAAGCUAUACGUGUAUUGCGACAUAGCCACGCACGUGCAGAUGAUCGCCUCCGUUGUCAAGCCUAUGACAACACUGAUUAUCAGCCGCCGACUAUACUUGAUCACCAGCCUACGCUCUUUGGAACCUACCACGAAAGCAGCAAGACGCAGAGACCUCACGAUAGAGUGGACACUCGGUUUGGGGAUCCCACUCCUUGUUGCAGGACCCCUCUACUACAUAGUUCAGUCGUAUCGAUUUCAGGUUACGGAAGGCUUUGGCUGCAACAACUCUAUCGACGGCUCGAUACUCAGUAUCUUGCUCGUUUUCUCCUGGAAUGUGGUGCCCCCUCUUAUUUCGAUCACGAUCUAUUAUCCUCGUGUUGCCCGAACUCUCUAUCGCCAUAAUCAAGCGGUCAAUCAAUUCCUUCACAGCAACGGCUCAGUAUCUCGCACAAACUAUUUUCGCAUCAUUGUUCUCGCCAGUACUCAUAUUCUGGUCACCUUACCCAUCGGCAUCGCGACUAUCUCCUUGACGGUGAUGGACCAGUUGACUGAGUUCGGUUACCUCCCUUUCGACGCAGGUUGGAGCUACGACCACGAUGACUGGCAGCCGGAGAGUGAUACCUAUGCAGAUGUCCUGGCGGAUGGGACGUUACACGUAGUGCAGUUCUACUUUAUCGAAUGGAUGUCACCCAUACUCGCCCUCGCCAUCUUCGGCCUUUUUGGUGCCACCUCAGAGGCCCGCACAUCGUACUGGCGUGUCAUUUGCAGAGUCGGCCAUUGGUUUGGCUGGGAACCAACACCUCGUACGAGGAGGGCGCGUUCACCGCCAGAUGACAUCGUGUUUGAUGUGAGGCCACCGCAGAACUCGAUGUCACUUGGUCUCGAAUCGCUGCCGAGCUUCAUCAACCCGAACGCGCGCAUACAGGUUGCAGGAUCGCUUACUGAGAACACAGAUGGACGUGAGAUUGAUGAGGUACAUACUGCAGGCCCAGAUCCAGAUGAGAUAGAAGUAGCACAUCAAGUCUCUGACGAUGCAAGGCACACAGGCCACUAG